AUGGUGAGGGAUUUUGCCGAUUGCACGGAGGUUAGCCCAGUCUGCCCCGUGGAAGCCACUACCUAUGGUUACUACCCCCAUCUUGCAGCAAAUAUCAUCUUCGCUGUCUUCUAUGGUGUCACUUCUCUCUUCCAGCUUGGAUUCGGCGUCUACUUUAAAACAUGGACCUUUAUGAUUGCGCUAGCGAUGGGCGCGUUGUUGGAAAUGGCCGGCUACAUCGGACGAAUACUCAUGAACGAUAACCCUUGGGCGUCUGGGCCAUUCAAACUCCAAAUUGUCACUAUCAUCUUGGGACCGACCUUGGUGGCUGCCGCCAUCUAUCUGACUCUCAAGCAUAUCGUUCUCUUCCUGGGCCCGGAGAACUCUCGGAUACCUGCGCGACUUUACACUUGGAUAUUCAUCACCUGCGACGUUUGCUCCCUCGUCUUGCAGGCUAUUGGUGGAGGCGUUGCUGCCGCAGCUGGGCGGAAUGAUCAAGAUAAGCUGGAGAUUGGAAAUCGUAUCAUAAUUACAGGAAUCGCCUUUCAAGUCGCGACGAUGUCAGUCUGUGGAUUUCUAGGUUUAGAUUUUUUUCUCCGAGCCUCCAGGAAAGGGGCAUUCUCGGAUCGUGGGCAAUUAUCCGAAAAGCAACGCCAUUGGAAGUCUUUUAAAAUAUUUUGCUGGGCGGAGAUAUUGGCAUAUACCACAGUCCUUGUCCGUUGCAUCUAUCGUAUUCCGGAGAUGGCUGGGGGAUGGGGCAAUGAACUUAUGCAAAAUGAGAAAGAAUUUUUAAUUUUAGAUGGAGCAAUGGUUGCGAUUUCUGUUCUCGCCCUUACCAUCUUCCAUCCUGGAAUAUGGUUCCCUCCAAUGAGAACAGGCUAUCAAAAGGAGGUGUAAUUUGAAUCUACAGAGCGAUCGCUGAUCUUGCUUUGGCUGAUUUUGGUUUUUGUGAAGCUCUGUACGAUAAACGCUCAUGAUAUGGAACCACACUCUCUCGGGUAUUAAAGAAAUGCCUUUUCAAAGC